AUGAUGGGUCUAAAUUACCCUUCAGCUUCAUCUCCUUCUUCUCCUGAUUGUUCUUCAUCUUCUCCAAGGAACUCGGAGAAGCACAAUGUGAUUGUUGAAUCACCUUCACCUUCAAGAUUCUCUACCUACAGUAGUAAACCGUUUGUAUCAAUUGAGAAGAGAUUACUAACUCAUAAGGAUUCUCAUUGCAAAGUAAUGCCAAAGUCUUCAGAAGAUUUGAGGAAGGAAAUUGCUUCACUCGAGUUUGAAAUCCUGCGCACAGAGCAAUAUCUGCUCUCUCUUUACAGGACAGCUUUCGAUGAACAAGUCUCUUCCUUUUCUCCUCGCACAGAUACAAGCUUGUUGUCGAAUCAGUUCUGUCCCAAAUCAGAGCAAUCAGACGCCACCGGUGUGUUGAGCUACCAUUAUCAAGCUUCUCCGGUAUCUGAACGUUCCUCUUCUUGUCCUCGGAGUUUCCAAGCCAGCUUGAAAGCUUUGUCUGCAAGAGAGAAGACUAAAUGCGUUUCUAGUAACCACACUACACUUGGAGAUCUUCUAGGCUCUUCUCAUAUCGUAGAUGACAUUGUGAAUCCGAGCAGGCUCUCUGAAGAAAUCUUGAGAUGCAUAGCUUCUGUGUACUGUGCACUCUCCACCAAUAGUUCAAGAAACACUUCUUGUCUUCAGGAUUUCUCUUCUUCACCUUCAUAUCUCUCUUCAAAAACCAAUUUUGAUAGAUGGAACCCGUGUCUCGGAGAAAUCAAAGAAGCUAAAGUGCCUCGUGGUGUUGUGAUAGAGUCUCUGAAGCUUCACAUUGAUGAUGGUUGUUUCAAUUACGCCGCUCUUAUGCUCCAAAACUUCAGAUCAUUAGUUCAAAAGCUUGAGAAGGUUGAUCCGAGUAGAAUGAAGCGUGAAGAGAAGCUCGCGUUUUGGAUUAACAUUCACAAUGCUCUCACAAUGCAUGCCUAUUUAGCCUAUGGAACUCACAACCGGGCAAGAAACACUUCGGUUUUAAAGGCAGCUUAUGAUGUUGGAGGCUAUCGCGUAAACCCUCACAUUAUCCAAAGCUCAAUCUUAGGCAUUCGUCCUCAUUUCUCACCACCUAUGUUGCAGACUCUGUUUUCACCAUCAAGAAAGUCGAAAACUUGUAAUGCCAAACACAUUUACGCCUUGGACUAUCCAGAAGCGUUGGCUCAUUUCGCUCUUUCUUCAGGAGCUGCUUCAGAUCCUCCGGUUCGUGUUUACAGUGCGGAUUGCGUUUUCCGGGAGCUGAGACGAGCCAAAGAAGAGUUUAUAAGAAGCAAUGUUCGUAUACACAACGAGACGAAGAUAUUGUUUCCCAAGAUCGUUCAUUACUAUGCUAAAGAUAUGUCAUUGGAUGCAUCUGCGCUCUUGGAGACGACGGUUAAGUGUUUACCGGACUCCGAGAAGAGAAUUGCUCAGAGACUGUUGAAGAAGAAGAAGAGCAAAAACGUCGAGUUUUCGCCGGAAAACUCAACUUUCCGGUAUGUAAUAAUCAUUGAGGAUUCAUCAAGACAGUCAUGUUAG